UUGAUUUCAUUGUUACUCUGGAAUUUGGUGAUGUAGGUGCAUGAUGACAUGCAAUUGCCAUGUGGUGUUCUUCGCCUUCAAGAAAAAGGAGGCCAUGGAUGCCACAACGGGUUAAAAAAGUGUAAUGAACCAUUUUCGAGGCAACAGGGAAUUUGCUAGGCUACGAAUCGGAAUAGGAAAGCCUACGGGACAAAUGGAUCCAAAGGCUUUCUUGUUGCAGAAGUUCAGCAUGGCAGCUCGAGAACGGAUGGAUAAAGCUUUAGCAGAAGGGGUGGAUGCUCUGAAGCUGGUUUUGUCUAAAGACUUUGGAGAAAGCUGGAGAUUGUUCAAUGUGGAACAGAAGUACAAACACUUAAGACAACAUACAGUAAUUGCAGCUUGACCAAAUGCUCUUUACUGUCUUGGAUAAAGGAAGUGUCUUUUAUAGUUGGUUUUUGAAUACCCGAUAAGA